CCCUGGGUUGAAGGGUUGCUCGCAAAGCACGCCGGGUACUGUCAUGGUGGCUCGCACCGUGCCGCGGGUGUCAUCACAACUUUAACUCACGGCGGCUUGUUUUUUUAGUUCAGUUUGUUAAAUUAAAGCUUGUUUAACUGUAAGUACCGUUGAGUGUCCUCUCAUAUCCCGCCAGCAAGAUGGCGUCCACGGCGGCAGGCAAACAGAGGAUACCGAAGGUGGCCAAGGUGAAAAACAAAGCCCCGGCGGAGGUUCAGAUCACCGCCGAGCAGCUGCUCAGGGAGGCCAAAGAGAGAGAGCUCGAGCUGCUGCCGCCUCCGCCCAAACAGAAGAUCACCGAUGAGGAAGAGCUCAAUGACUACAAGCUGAAGAAGAGGAAGGGGUUCGAGGACAACAUAAGAAAGAAUCGAACUGUCAUUAGCAAUUGGAUUAAGUACGCACAAUGGGAGGAAAGCCUGAAGGAGGUCCAGAGGGCUCGUUCUAUUUACGAGCGCGCGUUGGACGUCGAUCACCGAAACAUCACGCUGUGGCUCAAGUACGCAGAGAUGGAGAUGAAGAACCGGCAGGUGAACCACGCCCGCAACAUCUGGGACAGAGCCAUCACCAUCCUCCCUCGAGUCAACCAGUUCUGGUACAAGUACAGCUACAUGGAGGAGAUGCUGGGGAACGUGGCGGGCUGCCGGCAGGUGUUUGAGCGCUGGAUGGAGUGGGAGCCGGAGGAACAGGCCUGGCACUCCUACAUCAACUUCGAGCUGCGCUACAAGGAAGUGGACAAAGCCCGCAGCAUAUACGAGCGCUUUGUGAUUGUUCACCCUGAAGUGAAGAACUGGAUCAAGUACGCUCGCUUCGAGGAGAAACACGGCUACAUCGCUCACGGCAGGAAGGUCUUUGAGAGAGCGGUGGAGUUCUUCGGUGAAGAUCAUGUGGAUGAAAACCUUUUUGUGGCCUUCGCCCGGUUUGAGGAGACACAGAAAGAGUUUGAACGAGUUCGAGUCAUCUACAAGUACGCCCUGGACCGAAUCCCCAAGCAGCAGGCUCAGGAGCUUUUCAAGAACUACACCGUGUUUGAGAAGAAGUUUGGAGACCGGCGGGGAAUCGAGGACGUCAUCGUCAGCAAGAGAAGAUUCCAGUACGAGGAAGAAGUCAAGGCGAAUCCACACAAUUACGACGCCUGGUUCGAUUACCUCCGCCUGGUGGAGAGCGACGCCGACCCGGACACCGUGAGAGAAGUUUAUGAGAGAGCCAUCGCCAACAUGCCGCCCAUCCAGGAGAAGAGACACUGGAGGCGAUACAUCUACCUCUGGAUCAACUACGCCUUGUACGAAGAGCUGGAAGUUAAGGAUCCCGAGAGAACCAGACAGGUGUACCAAGCGUGCCUCGAUCUGAUUCCUCACAAAAAGUUCACGUUUGCAAAGAUGUGGCUGCUCUAUGGCCAGUUUGAAAUCCGCCAGAAGAAUCUGCAAGCAGCCAGGAGAGGCCUGGGCUCGGCCAUCGGUAAAUGUCCAAAGAACAAACUGUUCAAGGGCUACAUCGAGCUGGAGCUGCAGCUCCGCGAGUUUGACCGAUGCAGGAAGCUGUACGAGAAAUACCUGGAGUUCGGGCCGGAGAACUGCACCACCUGGAUCAAGUUUGCCGAGCUGGAGACGAUCCUGGGAGACAUCGACAGAGCGCGGGCCAUCUUCGAACUCGCCAUCGGACAGCCCAGGCUCGAUAUGCCCGAGGUGCUGUGGAAGUCCUACAUCGACUUUGAGAUCGAGCAGGAGGAGUUCGGCAACACCAGGGAGCUUUACAGGCGGCUGCUGCAGCGCACGCAGCACGUCAAGGUCUGGAUCAGCUACGCCAAGUUCGAGCUGUCCGUCGACAGUGCGGAGCGGCUGCAGAAGUGCCGGCAGAUCUACGAGGAGGCCAACAAGAGCCUGAGGAGCUGCGAGGAGAAGGAGGAGCGCCUGAUGAUGCUCGAGUCCUGGAGGGACUUUGAGAAGGAGUUUGGCUCGGACGGCUCGAGGGAGCGCGUCAGGAAGCUGCUGCCGGAGAAGGUGAAGAAGAGGAGGAAGCUCACAGCGGAGGACGGGUCGGACGCAGGCUGGGAGGAAUACUUCGACUACAUCUUUCCUGAGGACGCCGCCAACCAGCCCAACCUCAAGCUGCUGGCCAUGGCCAAGAUGUGGAAGAGGCAGCAGGUUCAGGAGGAGCACGAGAACGAUCCGGAAAGCGAAUCAUCGGCUCAGGAAGCGACGGCGGCUUCCGACAAACCCGACGCCUCUCCUGAGGAAACGGCGGAGAACACGAACGGCUCGGACACGGCCGGUGACACGGAGCCGGCACAGGACACGUACGACGACCGAGACGACGACGACGAGAGCAGCAGCAGCAGCAGCAGUGAGAGCGACAGCAACGAUGAAGAUGAUGAUGAUGGUGAUGAGCAAAAGGCCAAGAAGAGGAGGAGCGACGAUGAGAAGGAAGAAGAUUAGAUUUACUUUGUAUCUUGUGGAAACAUUUCCCGUUCAGGGACUUCAUGGAUUGCAUUUCUACUUGCCUUUUUUUUUUUAUACAAAACCAGCAGAACACGGCUCAUGAGCAGUCUUUAUUCAACGUCUGUGUGUUUCCUUAAUUUCUUUGUAAAUACAUCUCUCACACACGUCAAACUUGCCUCGUCAUGUUUUCUUAAGCAAAUGUCGAGUCAGGAUUUACCAGCGGUGACACUGGUUAAAGGAUUUGUCUGUUCAGUAAAUUAAAAAUUAAACAUUUUUACACUUGGA